GUCGUGGGUGGGCUUGCGCCCCGUUUGUUUUGCGGCGCGCGCCAGCCCCCGGUUGUUUUUUUUUUUUUUUUAAUUAUUAUUUAUUUUUCCCCAGCCCAACUUCGUUUCACCGCCAUUGGCUUCCGUCUUUCAGUCUGCAACCAAUAACGUUCCCGCACGCACCCGAUCUCGUACUGAGGUCGGACUUUCGCCGAAUAUUUGAGGCACCUGAUGCCAAAGUGGGCUGGAAGCUCCAGUUUGGUUCAUCUUCGCCUGGUGAGCAGCGGCGGCAAAAGGGAGCAGCUGGAGUUCUCAUCCGGACUGGAUGAAAUCUUGCAAGGGGACCAAAUGACGCGUACUCUCCGGACUCUAUAAAAAAAUGUUUUUUUUGGGGGUGCGCGUGUCCAUUAUUUUUCCUGCCGCCAACUUCAGGAAGCUUUUAUCGCACUAAAGACAAAGUGUCGCUUUGAGGAGACGCCGUUCAACACAUUUCUCACCUUUUGCUUCUUCGCGGGAGUUUUCACACAUCAUAUCUGUUUUCUUUUGCGAAAAUGAUUGAAAGGUGCGCGCAUUUUCCCGGUUUACAUCUUCAUGCCGAAGAGAACAAGCAACCCACCAUCAAAGGCACCUUUUAUAAGUUGAUUUUCAAAUAUUUUGUUUAACAUUUGUUUGUGACCGGACCCGAUUUGCAUCGUCUUGUCUUUUUCUCUUGUCAAGGAGGAUGCAGCGAUUACACUUUUGGAAUUUGAAUUAAGACAUUUUUUUGCCUUCAUUUGAUUUUGGGGUGAGUUCCCCUGAUAUCACUCCUGAGAAACAUGUUGCAUAUCCUUCUGCCUCUGUCAGUGCUGACACUUUUCAGAGUGGCCGACAGCCGAGUGGUAGAAGGAUUGCAAAGAUAUACGUCCAUCCCCACAUAUCUACCUGUCACCUACCAGCUGCUCAACACCGACUUGGCGUUCUUCCUAAAGGAAAGCAACCAAGACAUCAUGAGGAACUCGAGCCUGAUGUCACGCACAGAGUCUUUCUUCAUCUACCAGGCCAGGAGUUUGCCCUCAGUCAACUCCAGCUAUGGGCCCCUCUCCGUGGAGCAGACAAUCCCUUUAGAACUCCUCCAGAGUCCGGGAUCCUUUCCUGCCUCUUCACUUUUUACGGUUAACUGGAAGGUUCAGACUUUCAUCAUGAAUAGCAAGAUUUACCUGGCCAAGCCCAAAGUUCAGGUCCUGUUUUACAUUGCAGGCAGGGACUGGGAUGACUACAGCGCCAUCGACAAGCUCCCCUGUGUGCACAUGUUUGCCUUUCACGAGACGCAAGAGGUGCACGGCAGCUGCCAGCUGAAGGGCGACCUGGGGCUUUGCGUGGCCGAACUGGAGCCUUUGGCCGGCUGGUUCAGCCCCCCAAGUGUGGUGCCGGGACGCCAAAGGAACCUAGAAAUAUCUGAGGGCACCCCGGUGGAGCUCUACUACAUUUUGCAAUCCACGGAGGGAGGAGGAGAGUGUCAUUCUGAGGAGGCCAAGAACGAAAACUUCCUGCGCUCAAGCCAGGAAGGGCUUUUUGGUUCCUAUACUUCCACGCCUCUGAGAAGGAUCGGCGGUGUGAGGCUCUACCAGAAUCCCAGUCCACUCCAACUGGCUGAACACAGAUUGGAUCGUAACUUCAUGGUUUUGGUGCCCGCCACCCCAGUGAGUCAGAGAGAAACCGUCUCAGCCUAUGUCACCGUGUCAGCCACUUCUUCUGUGGAGAUGUUCACUCUCAGGGUGAAGUUGAGAGAAGGCGUGACGUUCCUCGGGGCCCGCCCCGCCAACCCCGCGCAGUGGAUGGUUAGCCAGGAUGUGAGGAGUGAAGGCCACCGUGUGGUGACCCUGCGUUGCCAAAGGAAGGAGUCCAGCUUCGAACAGGACAGGGAGGAUCUGGGCGUUCAGAGGGUGCUGCAGGUGGAUCUGAAAAUCGAGAGCUCCCUGGAGCUGCCGGGCGGCAGCCGACGUCUGGCGUGGCAGGUGGAAUACCCGGCCGCCCGUGCUGCCACGCAGGAGGCUGACACCGAGAUCCGACUGGCGCAAGAGGACGUGGCGGGCAUCGUGCCCUUGGCCAUGAAUACUGAGAUUUUAAACACAGCCGUCCUGACCGGGAAGACUGUGGCUGUUCCCGUGAAGGUGGUCACCAUCGGAAAGGACACUUCCAUUGUUGAUGUCUCCGAAGCGGUGGAGUGUUGCACCACAGAUGAAGACGUGGUCAAGGUGUCGGAGAGGUGCGACUACGUUUUCGUGAAUGGCAAAGAGAUGAAGGGCAAAGUGAAGAUGGCGGUGAACUUUACCUACGCCCACCUGAGUGCUCAGCUGGAGCUCGACGUGUGGAUCCCUCGGCUUCCCCUCCAAAUUGAAGUGUCUGACACGGAGUUGAGCCAGAUCAAAGGGUGGCGGGUGCCCGUCGCGGCCAGCAGUCCCAGGUCCACACGGGACAGUGAGGAUGAUGACGAUGAAGAAAGACGAGGACGAGGCUGCGUCCUCCAGUACCAGCACGCCAUGGUCAGAGUCCUAACGCAGUUCGUGGCCGAAUCCGCCGAUCCCAGGAGCCAGAGAGGCUACAUGUUGGGUAGCGAUUGGCAGGUGGACAUCACGGAGUUAGUGUGGGAAUUUCUCAACGUGGACAACCCUCAGAUCGCAAAGCUACUGGACAGACGCAUGCUUGUGGGACGCGGCGUGGGGAUGACCACGAUCCAGGUGCUGUCUCCUUUGUCAGACUCGAUCCUGGCCGAGAGGACCAUCACGGUGGUGGAUGACAAAGUGACCAUCACAGAGUUGGGGGUCCAGUUGGUCACGGGACUCUCCAUGAGCCUGGAGCUCAGUCCCGGCAGCAACAGAGCCAUCGUUGCUACCACCACCGCUCAAGAGGUUCUGCAGACCCCCAAACAGGAGGCCUUGAUCAGCGCCUGGUUGCAGUUCAGCGACGGCUCCGUGGCUCCUUUAGACCUGUACAACUCGGAUUUCUUCAUCCUGACGGCCUCGUCCCUGGAUGAGGACGUGGUGACGGUGCAGCAGAACCCGGCGUGGAAAUGGCCCGUCGUCGUGACAGAAGCAGAGGGCCAGGGCCUGCUGGUCAGGGUGGAAAUGACCGUAUGCGAGAUUUGCCAGAAGUUCAAACGGCGUAGUGUCCUGGCAGCGGGCAACUGUUACGUCAAGGUGAAGUUCGGUUACGCUGACAGCUCCAGGGGAGGGAGCAAUGACUACAGCACCGACGGCGAGGAAAUGGAGAACAGAGGAAGGCCGCCCUCUGCCGACAGGAUGGGACUGGACAGCAGCUACUACGGCAGCUCGAUAUCGGACUUGGAGCAAGGGGUGUCGAAUGGGGCCACCACCACGGGAAACGCAAUCAUGCGCAGACCCAACGGGGAUAAACUCUCCGGUGAUGGGAGAGAGACAAUCCCGAUCGACUUCGCUGACUUCCCCGCUCAAGUGGACCUGCCCCGUGGGCGCAACAUGGAAGAUGACCUCGUACAAACCGCCCGUGGUCUCACCGAUCUGGAGAUCGGCAUGUACGCCCUCCUGGGGGUCUUCUGCCUUGCUAUCCUGGUGUUUCUUAUCAACUGCAUCUCCUACACGCUGAAAUACCGCCACAAAGAGCUGUCGGUCGAGGGCCAAGAGAACGUGAACCACGCCCACGACUGGGUGUGGCUGGGAAACGAGGCGGAGGCGCCGGAGAGCGAAAUCAGCUUGUCGCCGCAGCAGGAGGAGCAGACCUCCACGAUCGACUCCAGCAGCGGGCCGGAGGAAGGCGGCCGCCUGUUGAACGGCGGCUCGGCCCAGAAGAACGUUCAGAGCCAAGUGCACCGGGCGGCCGACACGGGCUGCCCGACCAAGGACGGCAAGGGAGAAUCGCCCACCACAAAGCGGAAGCGGGUGCACUUCACCACAUUCGCCGCCGCGCCCUCCGACGGCGGCUUCGGCACAGUUAGCACGCUCACCCGUUGUCACAAUCAGGACAUCAAGUGGGUGUGCCAGGACGUGGCGCUCCGAGACUCCGAGGAGCUACGCAAUUACAUGGAAAGGCUAAACGACAGCACUUGAAAGGAGCCGGCGAAAUACACGGACGCGCUCGUAACAACUCACCCUUUUGCCUUUCAGGGGGAAAGUGGCUCAAAACUUUUGCUGGAGAAUCAGAACCAACCUGCCAAAGGCUCAAUUGUCACAUCGCCACAAAUGUCACGUGUGACACGCGAGAACGACGUCACGGAAUGAGGACUCGGUGGAUUGUUUCGUUUAGUUUCCUUCAUCGGUCUUUGUUUUACGAUUACAGGAGCGGGAACUUUCCCCGUAACGAUCUGCUGCCGACAAACCUGUGAAAUCCCAAUGGCAGAACUGAAAAGAAACCAUAGAUGUUCAGAAUGUUUAUGGAGCGGGUUUGUGACACUUUUGAGAAAAAGAAAGGGCAAACGAAACGCGUGCAUGCAAUUUGGAAAGAAAUGUUUUGUUCCUCAUCGUGGCCCCAACAAGGCCAAGUGUAC